UAAAAUGUCAAAAUUACUUUUUUUGUGAGAGUUAAAAUUAGGUGGCUGUGAAGAUAAAAAUGGGUCUUAUUAUUAACAUGAUAUACAGUUAGUGAAGUUACAUUGUAAGAGUAGACCGCAACCUUCUCCGAUCAAAUGGCCACCGUAAUCGACGGCAAAGCCGUGGCACAAACAAUCCGAUCUGAAAUCACCGACGAGGUCCGUCUCCUCUCUGAGAAAUACGGCAAGGUUCCAGGACUUGCAGUGGUGAUAGUAGGGAACAGACAAGAUUCAGAAAGCUAUGUGAGAACAAAGAGAAAAGCUUGCGCUGAUUUGGGAAUAAAAAACUUCGACAUUGACCUUCCUGAACAAAUUUCCGAAGCUGAAGUUAUCAAGCAUGUUCAUCAAUUGAACGCUGACCCCAAUGUACACGGUAUAUUGGUUCAACUUCCAUUGCCUAAGCAUAUAAAUGAAGAGAAAGUUUUGACUGAAAUCAGCCUCGAGAAGGAUGUAGAUGGUUUUCAUCCUUUGAACAUCGGCAAGCUUGCCAUGAAAGGCAGAGACCCUCUCUUUGUUCCCUGCACUCCCAAAGCAUGUCUUGAACUAUUGUCACGAAGUGGUGUAAGUAUAAAGGGGAAAAGGGCAGUUGUGGUUGGUAGAAGCAACAUAGUCGGGUUACCAGUUUCAUUACUGCUUUUGAAAGCAGAUGCUACAGUUACCAUUGCUCAUUCACACACAAGUCAACCAGAAGAUAUCAUACGUGAAGCAGAUAUUGUUAUUGCAGCAGCAGGACAGGCAAAGAUGAUCAAGGGAAGUUGGAUAAAACCUGGAGCUGCAGUAAUAGAUGUUGGCACAAAUUCUGUUGAUGACCCAACUAGGAAGGCAGGUUAUAGACUUGUUGGAGAUGUAGAUUUUGAGGAAGCAUCUAAAGUUGCUGGUUGGAUUACUCCUGUUCCUGGAGGUGUAGGUCCAAUGACAGUCACAAUGUUGCUGAAGAAUACUUUGGAGAGUGCUAAGCGCAGCAUUGAGCAGAAUUGAUAUUCCUCUAAUUUUAAAUAAAAGGGAAUUUACUCUUCUUUUGAGAAUCAGUAAUGUCCUCAGUUCAGUUUCUGCUAAGAUAGAUGAACGUAUUCUAUAAAAUUGUAAGGGUCGGUGUUAAAACUAGUUAAGUUGUUUUGGUCCAACGGAAUUAUAAUUCCUCUUGUUCAAUAUCUUUUGUUUCCUUCCCUGUUCUUGAUCUUUUCCCCCUCUUGUUCUCUGUAUUUUAUUGGAAUAUUGCUUUUGGUACAUCAAAAAUCUUAAGUCAGCAUAUUUUAUUAGUACCUGAAUGAAUGUUAAUGUUGAUCCUA